AUGGCCUCUGGAGACUUGAUUUAUUUGUCUGGUUCGGCAAAGGCAAGCCAUCCCUGCGCCAAGGCCAAGAUCUACCGAGUCCUCGAGAUGUCCACGUUCCAGGGGUUGGCUCAAGAGGCCGUGGACCUGUGCAUGCGCAGCCUCAAGGAGGCUUCAGAGUAUUUGUCCAGAAGAUCGCUGCCCAGCUGCGAUGCGAGUCUGCAGGCCUUCCAGCCCUUGGUUCAGAUGAUGGACUCUCAGCUCUUCCUGGUAAAGCACCUCCUGCUCCUUCGAGAGCAGGUGGCAGCCUUCGAGUGCGAGCUGGUGGUCAGCGAGAAGUACUUCAAUUUCGCGAAUGUCUGGGAGGCUUUGAACCUGAAGCUCCCGGACGGGAUCCUGGGCAUUCUGAAGCCUACGGUCUACCAUGCAGAGGUCGAUAGCAAGAAGGACAUCGAGUCCGAGCUGAAGGCGGCGUGCGAAGCUCUGAUCACGAAUGUUACCGCUCACAUCACGCAGCCCUUGGCAGCCGUGAACACGAAGAUUGGCCAUUUCUUGGCCAGCCCGGGCGUGGACCGGUCAUCACUCAAGGACCAAGGCUUCAUGCAGCCAGACGAGCUUCGAGACGUCAUCGGCGCCUUCAUGGCCAACGUGAAAGCCAAAGUGCCUUUCACAGCGGCGCACAUCAGGCUCUACCUUUCAGCCGCACCCGGAGGCCAGGAAGAUCCACAACAGGAAGCCUCCAGGAGCACCAGCACCUCGCCGAUCCUCUGGAAGCCGGUGGAGAUGCGCCUGGUGGACACCUGGGGCCGCCUCGAGGGGCUCCUCGAGGAGCAGGGCACCAGCCUGGAGAUGUUGGGCUUUCCCCGGCCCGAGCCGCUUCGGGAGCUUAUCGCUUCGCUCUUCAACGCGGUCAUGGAGGAGCCAUGGGAGAACGUUGUGCAGAUGGUGUCCCAGGUUCCGCGACGGAACUUCAGUGCCGACACGACCUUGCCAGCGGCCGCCUCCCAGGGGAGCCUCGGGCAGCCAGAGGCAGACAAGGCGCAAGCGGCGGAAGGUGUGGAGGCGGAAGCUCAGGAAGCUCCCAGUGCGCCUGAGCCGCUCGCGGCAGAAGGUCUCGCAGAGACCUCUCCGUCUGAGCUCCGGGUGUGA